CGGAUGGAUAUAUAGACCGACUUUCUUCGCAACCAAGCGGUAGUUCUGCAGGUUCAGAUAACCUAACACGGCCCUGUACAUUGUGGUAGCAGACUGCGAUGUUUUCGCUAUUGGUAUUGGUAACUGCGGCGAGCUAUGCUCUGGCAGCUAACAACACCCAUCACCAUGUCCAUCAUGGUCACCAACAAGCAACAACCACCCCGCCUCCCCCGACCCUAGAUCCCCUAUCUGACAAGGGCAGGAUACAAAAACUAGAACAGGAAUUGGAGGCUUUGACUAGACAAGUGAUGCUACAGCAGCUGUUUGUUGAAGAACGCAUACGAUCCGAUGGCGACUCCGGAGUUAAACAACUGCGCCACAACCACGAUGGCACUGCCCCGUAUUUGACCACGUCCUACUCCGGCAGGUCUUCCGUCAACUCCAUCCACGACCAUUCCAACUAUGACCGCACCGUUGGUAUGGGCGAGGUUAUUGUCGUGAUGAACGGAGUAGAGUUCCGCACCCGACACAACGAUUACAAGUUGAGGAUGCCAAGCAAAACAAGCUCUCAUUACAAUGCAAUACAGGACAUCCCCUUUCCCCAAGUACCUCACUCAGUCUUAAGCAAGCCGACAGUUGCCGAACAAAUUGCUGAAAUGAAGGAGUAUUUCAAGGCUUUCCAUUACCAAAACCAUCAGCACAGAGACUACAGACCAUACUUUAAGCCCAACCUCUGCUACAUGGAGGGAGCAUGGACAACCAAAACGAAGACCCUGAACGAGCCUUUCCAGAGCGAUAGACACUCAAUUGAUGCUUCUAGUUGGUUCGAUUUGCAAGAAAAGAUCCGCUACACAUCCUACUCUGGAUCCAAACACAACUUGGAAAAUUUCUCUUACCUGCCGUCCACAAUCAUAAACGUUGAUAACGGAACCGCAGAAUACGCUCAAUGGAACUACAGAAUCUUGUGUCACCCAAUAGAAGGUGAUCUGCUACUAGCUGAUCUUGCGCCUAUUGACGACUUGGCAUCUAGACUAGCACAUAAUUUUGACAUGAAGAAGUUCGCACAAAGCCGAUCCGCUCGCUUUAAAUUGGCUGCCGCUGCACGGGAUGGACAUUACGAUUUUGACCUUGGGUAUGGUAGUAUCAAAGAUAGACUAUACAACAUGGGUCUGCUUGAUAAAAUUAUGAUGCAAAUCCCGGGAAAAAACAAUUAUGGUGCUGUACUAAACGAUCACUCAUUCAACAUGACUGUCUUUGACGCGAGAGACACCACAAAUAAUACUGCUCUAAAUACCGCGUAUUACCAUCGUUUCUUCAAAUAUGAUUCCAAGGGAGCCAUGGGAACCAAGACCAUUCAUAGAGGAUUUGCUGAUCAAAACCUGUUUGUAGCCCAGACAACACAGCCUGAUAUUGCGACAAUCAAGAUAGACGAUUGUCAUACCCACAGGCAUCAAAAGACAUGUAACCGUUAUUCGGCUCAAUACUCCUAUGCUAUUCCCCUGGAAAUCGUAUAUAUGACACCACUUUACCGCUGGAAUCCAUACGAUUUGCCAGACUAUGGACACUUUACCCAGCAGAACACGGUCGUUAUCACUGAGCAUUACAAGAGAAAUGGUCAACUGACGGCAGAUAAGGCGUUCAACGGUACCAACAGCAAGUACUUUUACAAGACUCCAGCGGAAUUCUUCAGUGCUGCCAAGCCUGGUGAGACGGACCGUGCGGACACGGAUAAGGGAGCGGUAGGAGUUCUGGACAAACACGGUGUCGUCCGCAAGGUUGUUGCAUCCGGCACUCACAUCACACUUCCGGAAAUAGAAGGAGUCGGUAAACUAAGAAUGAGGUAUCCCAUUACUCCAGUUCACAUGGAAGGCAGCGCUGCUGGAAAGGGUCUUUCUGCUGUGAUCGAAAUGGUCAAUCACAUGUCGAAAUAUUCUUCUUACUUCGUUGAACCACCAACUGCGACAUCCUCCGCCCACACAAGCCUUCCUGACGGUCACUUUGCCACUCAAUACACACACAGGGAUCCCCCAGGCUAUCACAGGCACGAAAUCUACGUCUCACACGACGAGAUGAGCAGUCUAGCUGCUGGUCAUAUCGUGUCCGUAUUCACAUCUACCGACCAGGGACAUGAGCACACAAUCGAUAUGGGAUACAACAAGACCUCAGGUCAAUAUUACAUCAACGCUUGUGACGGACUCCCACAUUGUUGGGAUGGACACGGCAGUCAAAUCAUCAAAAUCGCCUAGGUCAUCAGGUGAUUUCAGGUUAAUUGUUCGGUUUUCGUUUUAAUAAAUAACAGCCUAUCGA